CGUGAGCUCAAAGCUCAUUAAGGGCUCAUCGAUACAGGCGAUGAGGAGCUGCGUGGGGUGAGGCAGGGGUAGAGGGGCCCCAAGGCAGGAGGGGCUCAUAGCUACCCUCUGUGUGGGAAAGCAGGCCAGUAUGUGCCUCUCUGGGCUGGUGUCUCCGUGAGCGGCUCUGCGCACCCCAAGGACCUUCAACUGGCCAGCACCCUGAGGAGCUUUGCCCAGCACUUACUUCAUCCGUGGUCAGCCAGGGUGGAAACUGCCCUUCCUGCUCCUCCUGCCCCUGAGCAAGAGUGGCCAUACAUCUAAGUCACCAUGGGCAAGAUGGACAACACCUCCGUGGAGCUGAGCUCCCCCUCCGAGGUGAAGGAAGCAGCUCUGGAGGAGUCAGAGCCCAUCGCCCCCGAGGCUGUGAGCACUAAGAAGAAGAAGAAGGAGAUCCCAGACAGGGGCUCCUGGAAGGGGAGAUUUGACUUCUUGCUGUCCUGCGUGGGCUAUGCUAUCGGUCUGGGCAAUGUUUGGCGCUUUCCGUAUCUCUGUGGCAAGAACGGAGGAGGGGCCUUCCUCAUUCCCUAUUUCCUGACGCUGGUGUUUGCUGGGAUUCCUCUAUUCCUGCUGGAAACUGCUCUGGGCCAGUAUACCUCUGUCGGCGGACUGGGAGUCUGGAAAUUAGCACCCAUGUUUAAAGGAGUGGGACUGGCAGCUGUGGUUCUCUCCUUCUGGCUGAACAUCUACUACAUCGUCAUCAUUGCCUGGGCUCUCUACUAUCUCUUCAACUCUUUCACUGCGAACCUGCCAUGGCAGAGCUGCGGGAAUGCCUGGAACACCAACCGUUGCUUCUCCAACUAUUCCCUGGAUGACACCACCAAUCUCACCAGCGCCGUCACCGAGUUCUGGGAGAGGAACAUGCACCAGAUGUCUGGGGGCCUGGGGGAGCCUGGCACCAUCCGCUGGCCCCUGGCUGGCACACUGGCCCUGGCCUGGCUGCUGGUCUACUUCUCCAUCUGGAAGGGCGUGGAGUGGACAGGCAAGGUGGUGUAUUUCUCAGCCACCUACCCCUACUUCAUGCUUUUCAUCCUCUUCUUCCGGGGAGUCACCCUGCCAGGAGCCAAGGAGGGCAUCCUCUUCUACCUCACGCCUGACUUCAGAAAGCUCUCCAACUCCGAGGUCUGGAUGGACGCAGCCACGCAGAUCUUCUUCUCUUACGGCCUGGGGCUGGGCUCUCUGAUCGCUCUGGGGAGCUACAACACUUUCCACAACAAUGUCUACAGAGAUUCCAUUAUUGUCUGCUGUAUAAAUUCCACCACAAGCAUAUUUGCUGGGUUUGUUAUUUUCUCUAUUGUUGGCUUCAUGUCACACAUCACGAAGAAGUCGAUCUCAGAGCUGGCCUCUUCAGGCCCUGGACUGGCUUUCCUUGCCUACCCACAGGCUGUCACACAGCUGCCCCUCUCCCCGCUCUGGUCGAUCCUCUUCUUCUCCAUGCUGAUGAUGUUGGGUCUGGACAGUCAGUUCUGCACCGUGGAAGGGUUCAUUACAGCCCUGAUGGAUGAAUAUCCUAAUCUCCUCAGAGCCAGGAAGAAGGUCUUCAUCGCAGUAGUCUGUUUCAUCUCUUAUCUCAUUGGAUUCUCCAAUAUCACCCAGGGUGGCAUUUAUGUCUUCAAGCUGUUUGAUUACUACUCAGCCAGUGGCAUGUGUCUUCUCUUUCUUGUCUUCUUCGAGACCGUCUCAAUUUCUUGGUGUUACGGUGUGAACAGGUUUUACAGGAACAUCGAAGAAAUGAUUGGCUACAGACCUUGCAUCUGGUGGAAGAUCUGCUGGGCCUUCUUCACUCCUGUUGUCUGCCUCGGUGUGUUCUUCUUCAGCGUGGUGGAAAUGACCCCUCUGACACUGGGAAAAUAUGUUUAUCCUGCGUGGGGACAAGGCAUUGGUUGGCUUAUGGCUCUGUCCUCCAUGGUACUUAUUCCAGGAUACAUGCUGUACUGUUUCUUCACCUCAACAGGGACUCUCCGGCAGCGUUUGCAGAAGAUGACACAGCCCAAGCCAGAGGUGCACGCUCAGAACAAUGGCCUCCAGCCGAAGACAUCCUUGAAUGGGAGGGUCUUGGAUGCUGCCGUCUAGAAGAGCCCAGACUUCCUCACCAUGCCCUGUAGAUGCUCAUGCCACGUUGUCCCUUGAGCUUCUCCGGCACAGCUCGCUGUCCCUGGCUCCACGGUGGCUUUUACUUGUCAAAGAGAGGAGCUGGCAGCGGAACCCUCUCACAUCUCUUCCUCCCAGCCCAGCUUACCAAAGCUCUGCGCAAGCAGUGACUGUCUUCAUCCUGCAAUAACCUGGUCCAGGCUCUCAGUGCCCAGGUCUUCCUCCUCAUGACAAGUGGUGAUGUCUCUAGAGAGCUUAAACUGAUCACUGAUCAUUUUUCUGUUCUUCUUCUUGCCUUUCCAGGUGAACCUCCAUAAAGCAUCCCAUAGCACACAGCUGUGCUGUCACCCCAGGGAGCCAGCUGACACCGCGUUUAAAUCCCAGCCAGUUGUCGAUUGAUCUAGCAUAAACCAACACUAGUAAACGUGUAACUGGAGGGGAUAUGGCAGAAUGAGGGAUUCCAGUGAGGAGCCCAGCGCGCUGGUAGCUGUAGGACAUCGCUCUAAAACUGGAGAAGGGCAUCAGGACAGUGUGUGCUGCUCACAGGUGCCAUGUUUCAGCCCUGUGCAGUCUCCAGCCCUUUUCACUGCAUCCAUUGGGGCUGGCACUGUGAGCCAGAGCCUAGCAGAGUAGGCAGCCUUUUUCUUCCGGAGUGUCCUGCCCUCUGCAGCAGUGUGCAGUAGCUGCUUCCUGACCCUAACAUAAGUGGAGGGCUCUUUGCUAGAGGCUGUCAAGUCUUCUACACUGACCACUCUCAGCCGCAGUCAGCUUUGUGCAGAGGCUAAAGACCUGUGUGUGAUGGAGAGACUUUCCAGCAGUGUGCAAAUCUCCCCCCGAAGCCAAGCCGGAGCAGGGUAGUUCCUGCCAAACACCCUCCCUGGCUGCGUCCCCAGGUGGGAAGCGGUAAGAUGCAUCAUAGUGCCCAUGGGUGGUUUAGCUUCUACCUUUGGCAGGAACUGGCAACACCUAAAUCCCAGCUAGUGGAAGGCAGGAUCUCCUGGGGGAGCCUGCAGGACAUAGCUGCCAUGUUCAAACCCACUCCUGUGAACCAGUGCUGACUUCCCUUGGGAAGUGUCUGUGCAGACAGCUGCUGGCGCUGGCACGUCCCGACUCCCAGCACACACAUCACAGGAGGCUGAGAGCUGUUGCAGACGAUGCUGGAGGAGUGUAUAACACCUCAGAGAAGGCUGGGAAGUGUUUCAGAGCAGUCCUAAAGCAGCAGCGUAUUUCUUAGUUCUAAAGCCUUGAUAAAGGAGGUGGCUCAUCAUAACACCAUGUGCAGGUGUGAUAGUGAUGCUCCCAUUUGUGACAGCUUCCCAGUGACCCCAAGCAGAGGUAUCUGUGUACUCAGAGUAUUUGAUGAGCACCUGUCAUAGAAGUGCACACGUGGUGUAACUUAGUGCAGAUUAGUCUCUCCCUUCCCUUGGCACUCUGACAGCAUUGCUAGGUCUGUUCACGCUCCCGGGUUCAGCUCAGAAACAACAAAUUCAUAAGUAAGUGCCCAGGAAAAGGUGUGUCCCACUCAUGCUUCCUACCAGAGUCUGGUCUUGUAGGUGCCAUGUUGAAGUCCCCUGUGGGUCUCACCACAGGUGCCAGCUGAGCGGUGAGCCGGUGUGCAAUUGCCCUGCACUCCAAUAGGAGCUGAAAAAUGAUGCAGGUUGGUCCCAUGCUGCCUGCCUCUGGUGCAUGGGGCCAGCCUGCUCUUCUGCUGGUCUCCCAGACUCAGGGUCAGUAAUGUAAAGAGGAAAGAAGUUGUCUGUUUAAAGCUGAAUUCAGUCACCUUUGGGGUUGGGUUCCCUACCAACUCAUCAAUGCAUCUCAAUUAACAUUGCUUUAGAUGUAUAACCAAUUUGUAUUUGUACAUGUGGCGCAUGCUGUGUCCUGGCUCUUAGUGGUUGUGGCUGCCAGGUCUUGAGUGCAUGUUUUGAGGUCUCCAACACCACGAGCUGAGAUCACACCCUCUCCCACAUCUAAUCAUUUGGGUGUUUACAUCAAAAAAAUUGCAGCUGUUAAAUAGACAUGAGGAAACGCUGAAUUUACAGGCUUGAUCUUGUAAAGCCGAAAGCCAAACACUGAAAGCUGCAAUCAUAGUUCAUCAUAAUUAAUCUCAGCCAGUCACAGACAUGUCAGCUUGCCUUUCCUUGCCCCUUAAUUGCUAGCGCCAGUAGAGCUGAAAUCUUCUAUUUCACUUCACCUAUUUUUAUAAACCAGAGGACAAAGGAAACCACUCUUCAUAUACAUAUAUGUCCUCUGAGAGGGACAUCUGUAGUGAAAACAGAUGUUAGCCUCUGAUUGUUGCAGCAAUGAUCUUUACUAGAAACCUGCUUUUGCUCUGCAUCCAGGUCACAUAACCUCCCUGAGAGCUGCGCAGGUGAGUGAUGGCCAAAGAAGUCCAUUCUUGAGUGAGGCCUUAAAACCAUGGAAGACCCAGAUUUUUCCAACUUCACUGGGGCAGCUCAGGUCAGAGGUAGAACAAAUCUAUCAGUGUUCAUUUUGUAAACUCUUGGCCAAAAAGCUUGGUUGUUGGGAGAGCUGUUCAAAGGGUUGGGCUGUCCAGGUUGUUCCUCCAAGAGAGUGGAGAAGGAAGGGUCCAGAAAACAAAGUCCCUUCCCUGGUGACUGAGGAUAUGCCUAAAUCUCCAAUUCCUUUUUGCUGGGAAUUUAAUCCCAGCAUCUCUCUGACUUGUGGCUUUGCGUGUGACAGGCGCACAUCACUCCAGGUACAGCAGCAGUGGCUACGCUGCACACGGGCUGCUCAUAACAACAACAAUAUUUGAUGAGAUUUAGCUAUUUGCUCAGUUCCCUGCCUGUGACCUUCCCAUUUGCUCUCCCUCCUGCCCUGCUCCUUUUCGUUGUCUUGCUUCACUUCUUCCCCAUGUCUAUCCAGUAGAAAUUAUCUACCUCAGCGUACUUCCUGCUUUUUUGCUUUCACCACUGUCAAAUUACAGCUCUCCCCCCUUUCUCUUCUCCUUUGUCUUCUUUCCUCAUUUCUAUCUCUGUUAUUACCAGCAUCACUCCUGCUUCUCUCACGUGCUCUCCUGUGGUUCAGCCACUCACUGUGCACACACUCACCCCUUCUGCCUGC